AUGCUAGGGUCCACUCUCGAGUCAGCUUUUCAGGGUUUGCGGGCUUCAAGGGAAUCGCUGGACGCUGCGCAGGAAAAGUGGGUCGAGCCCUUCGUGGACACCUCCAAGUGGGAAUACUUCGACUUAAGUUGCAAGUCCCGGGACCAAACCGACGACAAGGUGCUGCAUGACGCGGUAGCCUCCGGCAAGCGCUUGGGAGCCAUCUUCAAGGAGCCCACCAUCACCCCGACCACGGAGCAGGUGAAGGAGUUCGGCUUGAAGAAGCCAUUUGGCUCACCAAAUGGUGCGAUGCGAAGGGGCUGGAACGGAAUCACCAUCUCCAGAGACACGAUCCACAUUCCAGGCAUCAAGCUGGGUUUCGAGAACCCAGUCUUCUUUGAGCGUCAUGCCGUCGGUGGAGAGUACGGAGCCAGCUGGAAGGCUGUGGGAAAGGGCAAGGUCUUGACAACCUAUUGGCCGGAGAACGAGAAGGAGAAGCCCGUGAUUGUCGACGGGCGCGUGCUUCAUGAUGACGAGUCUGCUGUCGUUGUUUAUGACAAUCCGCUGGACAACGUGGAGGACUUAGCUCGCAUCUUCUUCGAUCGCUGCCUGGAGGCCAAGAUUGUGCCGUACGUGGUGACAAAGAAGACUGUCUUCAAGUGGCAGGAGGGCUUCUGGCAGAAGAUGAAAGCGGUUUUCGACGCCCAAUACAAGGAUGCCUACCUGAAGGCAGGGCUGCUGGACAAGACUGGCGGGGAGCUCGUCCACCUGAUCUCGGAUGCCGCGACCAUGCAGAUCAUCCGCUGGACGGGCGGAGGCUUCGGCAUGGCUUGCCACAACUACGACGGUGACAUGCUGACAGAUGAAGUUGCGCAGGUCCACCGGAGCCCGGGAUUCAUCACGUCGAAUUUGGUUGGCAAGAACGAGGAUGGCUCCCUCAUCAAAGAGUUCGAAGCCUCUCACGGCACUGUUGCCGACCUGUGGCACAUGCAUCUCCGUGGAGAGGAGACCUCCAUGAACCCUCUUGGCAUGGUCGUGGCGCUGCUGGGUGCCAUGGACCAUGCCGCCGCCCUGAAUCCGGCAACCCAGGCGGAAGUAACAAAGUUCACUGUGAGUGUUCGAGAGGCCGUCUACGAGGCUUUCCGCACCGGCAAGGGGACACGGGACCUCACCGGACCCCAGGGCCUCACCACUGAGCAGUUCGUGGACUGGGUUGCAGACAACCUCGCCAAGCGAAUGGCAAAAGAUGGGCCUCCUGACGUCUUCACUGGCGAUGAGGUCCCUGAAGUUGCAGCACCAUCGAAGAAGCUGCGCAGGAAGUACAAGGCUGUGGACCAAGAUGCCAUGAAGGCUUUCUUCGACAAGUUCGACACCGAUGCGAACGGCACCAUCUCCUUCGAAGAGUUUGUGGACAUGACGCUCGAUCUGGGCAUUGCGCCUUUGAAACCAGAAGAGCUGGCGAAGGAGGCGGAACGUGACGAGAAUCACGCUGAGUCCGAGCGGGUUUGA